CGAUUCCCCAGCCAUGAUCCUCCUCUCCAGCCCAGACCAGAACGAUAUCAAGUGCCAUAGGUAAGUUGGGCCAAUUGUUGUCCCCCGAAAAAAAGCUUUUUCCUUGAAGGUAAGCUCCCCACUGGCACUUAUUACUCGUGAAUAGUCUUCAUACAUGCUCACAUUCAUGCUAUCCAGUUCCUGUUUGCCUCUUCCCCUUUUUUUGAUACUUUGAUUUCGACUCUUGUUUUCAUCCACAUAUCUCAAUGGCAUCCAAGUCUCUGCCAUCAACCCCCAAGCCAGUUUCUUCUUCCGCCCCUGGAUCAGGCGCAUCCCAAACGCCCGGGAAGUGGCGGCAUCCUCGUCUUGACGAGAUUGUUAGACGGCAAAAUGCUUCGAUAUUUGGUCCAAAUAACGCGAGGAGGCUUCUGUCAAAUGGGGUUGCAUUGAUUAUAACAUGGUUAUUUGGAGAUACCCUGAAGACCCAACUACUCCGGCCACACUUUCUCCAAGACUACCCCGCAAAGAUCGACCUCGCCUUUUUUGCCCUCCAGCUUUAUUUCACUGUGAAUAUAGUUGUCGCAUUAUACCCUCUAUUCCGACCAAAAGAUGAAAUGACCGACAUACCUCUUACACCAACACAACGCGCUCUUUUGGGACUUGAUCCAGUGGUCGCCCUACCUCCGACGCCUGAAAGCGCCUAUGUAACCCCACCGAGAUAUCGUCUUUCUGUAUCUCGGCCAGCAAGUCCAUUCAGUACAAGUCCAUCUCCUGCAUCUGCCAGGACGAGUCUCUCUAGCAACACGUAUUCCGCGGGCGCCUCCUUCUCGCCUUCAACGAGCCCGUUAUUACAGAGAGCAAUUGCCAAUGGAAACAAGGGAAGUGGACAGAGACCAAGUUUCGGAUCUUCGCCGGUCGCUCGAGGAAGCUUUUGGUCUUCGUCGCCACUCGCCCAGAGCUCCUCGUUCAAGGAGUCAACUUUAUCUAGCUGGGGUCCCCCAACGCCCUCGCCAACAGGUAGAAGGGGGACGGGGAUAGGUGUGACCAAUAAGUGGCUGUAUGAGAGAAGCGGAAGGCUCUCCACAAGCAACAGCGCUUUUUCUCUUUGACGUGCGCUGGGUUUGGCUGUAGCAAUAAUCGAUCGAGAACUGUAUUUCGGUAGAUCGUGUACUUAAGGAAUCGUCGUAUGGCCAGGUACCAUGAUUAGGAAUCUGCGCGUCGACUGUCUACAUAAAUAAAAUAGAGAUGACCAGAAUGAAAGAAUUAACCAAU